AUGCGUGCUGCCAUCCUUCAGCUCCUCUCUGGACACUCUCCCGCUCUGUGUUCCGGAUUCAGAAAAUUGACAAGGAUUUCCUGCAGGUUCAGGAUGGAGGGUCCGGCAGCAUCUCAGGAGUCGGGAGAAACCAUAAUUGCCGAGGGGAAAGCCAGUGUCAUCUACCCCAGUGCCAACCAAGUGUUCUACAACCCCGUCCAGGAGUUCAACAGAGACCUGACGUGUACUGUGCUUACGGAAUUUGUUCGCAUGCAGCUUGCCGAAAAAGGCAUCGACAUCCUGGUGCCAGGUGAGAGGGAGAACAAGAAGUUGGUUGUGAAUCUUUCAGAUAAUGGGGAUGAUGGUGAUAAACCUUCCCUAGAGAAUGCUGCCCCUUCCAGUCGCCGCACUGUCACUGUUGGGGAAUCUUGUUCCGAAGGCCUCCGCGUGCUGGAGGGCCUUGCAGCCUCAGGUUUGCGUUCAAUUCGCUUUGCCAAAGAAGUUCCCGGCCUUCAAAGUAUCAUUGCCAACGACUUCUCAUCAAGUGCUGUAGAGCUGAUCAAACGGAAUAUAAAGUACAAUCAUGUAGAGAACCUGGUGACGGCCAGCUACAGUGAUGCCAGGAUGUUGAUGUACAAUAGGAUGGGGAUACAAGAUCGCUUUGACGUCAUAGAUCUAGAUCCCUAUGGAAGCCCGGCCAUGUUUCUGGAUGCAGCAGUGCAGAGUGUCUGUGAUGGAGGGCUGUUGUGUGUGACCUGCACUGAUAUGGCUGUGCUAGCAGGAAAUAAUGGUGAGACGUGUUACGGGAAAUAUGGAGCCAUGUCCUUGAAGUCCAAGUUCUGUCAUGAAAUGGCUCUGCGCAUCCUGUUGCACACCUUGGACCUGCGCUCCAACUGUUACCAACGUUAUAUAGUCCCCCUGAUCAGCAUCUCUGCCGAUUUCUACAUCCGCGUGUUUGUGCGAGUCUUCACAGGUCAGGCCAAGGUAAAGAUGUCUGCCAGCAAACAAGCCCUGGUGUACAACUGCGUGGGGUGUGGAACAUUCCAUUUGCAGCGUAUGGGUAGAGCCAUUGCCCAUGGAAACAACAUGAAGUAUUCGGCUGGCUGUGGCCCUCCUGUGGGAAUGAACUGUGAGUUUUGCCAGCAGCGACAUCAGGUGGGAGGUCCCGUCUGGGCUGAGGCGCUCCAUAACAAAGAGUUUGUGCAAAGAGUCCUGUCCGCUUCAGAGCGCAACCCGAAGAGGUUCAAGACAUCUGAAAGAAUCGAGGGGGGGUGCUCAGUAUGGCCAUCGAGGAGUUGGAUACCCCGCUAUAUUACACAUUGGACAAUCUGAGCAGCACAAUCCGCUGCAACACCCCCGGACUGCUACCAUUCAGGUCUGCCCUGUUGCAUGCUGGGUACAAGGUCUCCUUGUCACAUGCUUGUCAGAACGCCAUCAAAACUGAUGCGUCGCCUUCUGUCAUCUGGGAUAUAAUGAGGUGCUGGGAGAAGCAGAAUCCUGUAAAAAGGGAAAGGUUGUCUGAGACAAGUCCAGCACAUCACAUCCUAAGCACAGAGCCAAGCAUCCAGGCCAAUUUUGGGGUGCGGGAAGAUGCCAAUCCAAAGUCUCGAAAAAUGGGCUUAAAGAGGUUCCAGGAAAACCCUGAGGCUAAUUGGGGCCCAAAAGCGCGCGCUAAAGCCGGGGGUUGCAUUUCAGCCAAUCUGGAAGAGAAGAGGAAGCGACACCAAAACAAGAGGAAAAUAACUCCAGAAGAUACAGACUUGAAACAGUUUCCUUGCAAAAAAUUCAGACAGGGUUCCUGUGAACUUGGAGACGGCUGCCGUUACUCCCACACACUCCCAGACUCAGAAAUGCAUUCCCAAGAUGAUCCUGUAUCAGAAAAUGACACAACACCACCCUGCUGA